CUUCUUCACCAUACUCUCACUCUGCACAUUUUCCGGGAAAAAACAAAAGAAAAGAAAAGAAAAGAAAGGAAAGGAAAAGAAAGAAUAGCUUCAGACUUGAGCUGUUUCCUCAUCUGGGUCUGCAAGAAAAAUUUCUGGGCAUGUUUGGAUAGCGAGAAAAAAGAAAGAAAAAAAAAACUAGAAUGCCCGUUUCAACUCGGUCUCAGAUCACCAACCAUGAACAGAGCCAAGAAGAAGAGAACUACAACAACACGAAUAUCAAUCCCUUAAGAAACCCACACCAUGGAUUGAAGGAAAAGAUGCGAGCUUUGACCCUUUUAUACGAGCAACAAAAGCGAGCCUCCUUAGCUCUCAAGAACCAGUCUUUUUCGGAGUCCGAGCAGCGUUUCACGACGCACCCAAGCGUUGACCUUCUGGGUUCUGGAAAAAAAGAGGAGGAGGAGGAGAAGAAGAUAAAGAGGAAGAGAAUCUUGCCUCACGAUGAAGCCAAGGAGAAUCUUGAAAUCUACGGCGGGGAACGAAUCCUGGGCUUCGCCACCGUGGGGCCUAGAAAGGCGGCGACCACGGUGGCAAGGAAGCUCUCGCUGGGGAAUUUGGAGGGAAAGAUUAGUAAAAGGAAUGUUGUUCAAGAAUUGGAGAAGGCUGAGGGCGUUUCGAGGAGAUCGCCAGAGAGUCGGAUUUUGGUGUUCGUGAGGCUUAGGCCGAUGGGGAAGAAGGAGAAGGAGGCGGGUUCGAGGUGUUGUGUGAGGAUUGUGAAUAGAAGAGAUGUUUAUCUGACGGAAUUUGCAAAUGACAAUGAUUAUCUCAGGCUCAAGAGGCUCCGUGGGAGGCAUUUCACCUUUGAUGCUUCUUUUCCGGACACCACUUCUCAGCAACAAGUCUAUUCCACCACAACCGCGGAGCUCGUGGAAGCAGUUCUGCAAGGGAGGAAUGGAUCGGUGUUCUGCUAUGGGGCCACAGGAGCUGGGAAAACAUACACAAUGCUGGGUACUUUGGAGAAUCCAGGAGUAAUGGUUUUGGCAAUCAAGGAUCUCUUCAGAAAAAUAAGGCAAAGAAGUUGUGAUGGAAACCAUGUAGUUCAUCUUUCCUAUCUUGAGGUCUAUAAUGAAACUGUUAGGGAUUUGCUUUCACCUGGAAGGCCUUUGGUUCUAAGAGAAGACAAACAGGGGAUCGUUGCAGCAGGUCUUACACAAUACAGAGCUUACUCCACAGAUGAAGUGAUGGCAUUGCUCCAACAGGGAAACCGAAGCCGCACCACAGAACCAACUCGCGCCAAUGAAACGUCUUCACGUUCCCAUGCCAUCCUGCAGGUUGUGGUUGAAUACCGAAUAAGAGAUGAUGCGAUGAGCGUGGUAAACCGAGUGGGGAAGCUCUCGCUGAUCGAUCUUGCAGGGUCAGAGAGAGCCCUUGCCACAGACCAAAGAACACUUAGAUCCCUUGAGGGUGCCAACAUAAACCGGUCACUCCUUGCGCUGAGCAGCUGCAUCAAUGCCCUUGUGGAGGGUAAGAAGCACAUUCCCUACAGAAAUUCAAAGCUCACUCAGCUUCUCAAGGACUCACUAGGUGGUGCUUGUAACACUGUAAUGAUAGCCAACAUCAGUCCAAGCAAUCUCUCAUUUGGUGAAACACAAAACACCCUUCAUUGGGCUGAUCGGGCCAAGCAAAUCAGGACUAAGGCCUGUGACGGGAUUGAGGAAAUACAACAAGUGCCUGAAUCUGAAACCGAUCAGGCCAAGUUAUUUCUGGAAUUGCAAAAGGAGAAUCGUGAUUUGCGAGUGCAAUUGGCACGCCAGCAACAGAAGCUCAUAACACUUCAAGCUCAGUCCUUGGCUGCAAACGUCUCUCCAACACCUUCUUCAGUCACCUCUAUGAUGACUCCUCCAUCCACAGCCCAACCAACCGAGAAAAGACGACUGAGGUCCUCAUUCUUAAGCGGGACUUGUUUCACUCCAGAGUCCAGGAAAAGAGUUGGUGCUGAGGAAGCAGGUGUUAGAGAGCUUCAGAGGACUGUCAAGGCAUUGGAAGCUGAAAUCGAGAGAAUGAAGAAAGAUCACACUUUGCAGAUAAAGAAAAAGGAUGAGCUCAUUCGCGAGCUUUCGCGGAAGAGUGACAAACCUUUAGAAGGCGUGUCAUCGCAGGGCACAAAAAGGGUAGUGACAAGGGCUAGUUUGAGGCCAAAGGAGGCAAACACCGUGGAGUUGAAGAGCCCGAGUCACCGUUUUCGGUCACCGGUACCAACAGCUAAGAAACGUAGCAUUUGGGACAUAACAACAGCUAACAGUCCCUCCAUCAACACACUAAAUGGAAGAAAAACCAGGAGCCACAUUGUUUCUGAAUCUGGUGCUGCUCCAUCCAUGCUUCUUCAGCCAGGUUUUGCGAGACAGAAGCCCGAGUAUAUAAGGUAACCACUGGGACAUACAAGAGGAAGGAAAAGAGAAGUGUUGAAGAAAGUAACUUACUAUUACUUUUUAGCAUAAUUACAUCAUAAGAGUUUUUUUUCACUUUUAGUUUUAAAACCCCUUUAUUUUUUAAACGGCAAAAAUAACCUUAAAUUUGAGAAAUAUGUUUCAAUUUCAUCCCCCACGCAUUUUAUUAGACAAAAGACAAAACA